AUGAUUUAACCAAUUUCUAUUAAUCGUAAAGAAGAAAAAUUGUGGUAUGAUAAGGGUAAUGAAUUGUUAUAGAUCAUAUUUAGGAUGUGCAUUAGCCGAUAUAAAUCAAUUUCAAGAAGCAAUUUAAUGUUUUAAUGAAGCUAUUUGUGUUAAUCCCAAACAUGAUUUAGCUUUGAUUGGCAAGGGUAAUUUAUGUUUAUUGUAGAAUAUUAGGUAAGGCAUUAACUAAAUUGGAGCAAUAUCAAGAUGCAAUUAAUUGUUACACCGAAGCUAUUUCUAAUAAUCCUAAAUAUGCUGCAUAAAUUAGCAAAGGUAAAUUAUUGUUAAAUAUUCAUAUUUAGGUGAUGCAACAUAUAAUUUAAAUCAAUUUGAAGAAGCCAUUUAAUGUUACAAUGAAGCUAUAUCUAUAAACCCUAAGGAUGUUGAUACAUGGAAUAACAAGGGUAAUCUAUCAUUUAUUAUUACUAAAUAGGUAAUGCAUUAUUCAAUUUGAAUCAAUUUGAAGAAACUAUUAAAUGUUACAAUGAAGCAUUAUCUAUUAACCCUAAAUAUGUUGAUGCAUGGUAUAACAAGGGUAAUCUUUUAAUAAAUAUUAAUAUUUAGGUCAUGCAUUAUUCAAUUUGACUCAAUAUGAAGAAGCUAUUGCAUGUUACAAUCAAACUAUAUCUAUUAACCCUAAAUAUGUUGAUGCAUGGUAUAUCAAGGGUAAUUUGGUGUUAAAUAUUAUUAUUUAGGUCUCGCAUUAUUCAAUUUGAAUCAAUAUGAAGAAGCUAUUGGAUGUUACAAUGAAGCAUUAUCUAUUAACCCUAAAUAUGUUGAUGCAUGGUAUAACAAGGGUAAUCUUUUAAUAAAUAUUAAUAUUUAGGUCACGCAUUAUUCAAUUUGACUCAAUAUGAAGAAGCUAUUGCAUGUUACAAUCAAACUAUAUCCAUUAACCCUAAAUAUGUUGAUGCAUGGUAUAGCAAGGGUAAUUUGGUGUUAAAUAUUAUUAUUUAGGUCUUGCAUUAUUCAAUUUGAAUCAAUAUGAAGAAGCUAUUGGAUGUUACAAUGAAGCAUUAUCUAUUAACCCUAAAUAUGUUGAUGCAUGGUAUA